AUGGCAAACUUGGUCAGGAUCGCAAUUGGUGGAGGAGGGACAUUUACCGAUGUACAUUGUUCGCAGGCUGGGAAGCCAGAUAUCGUUCUCAAGCUACUGUCUGUAGAUCCUUCAAAUUAUCGUGAUGCACCCACGGAAGGUAUACGAAGAGCUUUGGAGAUUUCCUUCGGUCAAAUUAUUUCAAAAUCUGCGAAAUUGAAGCUGGAUUGCGUUGAAAGCAUUCGAAUGGGGACAACGGUGGCUACAAAUGCUCUCCUUGAGAGAAAAGGAGCUCGUUGCGCGCUUUUGACGACCAAAGGAUUCAAAGAUGUAUUGCGCAUUGGUGCUCAGGCACGACCCCACAUCUUUGACCUUUCAGUCAAAAAGUUAUCGUUACUUUACGAGACAGUAGUUGAAAUCGAUGAACGCGUCACUAUCCCGACCUCCUCAGAAGACCCGGAAUCCCCACUAUCUACCAACUUCGAGAGUAUCACAAACCCUUCUAUCGUACGUGGUAUCACUGGCGACAUAGUGCACAUUAUCCGUCAACCGGAUCCAACCCGUAUCAGAGCCCAGCUACAGUCGCUUCACGAUUCCGGCUUCCGCUCGAUUGCCAUUGCACUCCUCCACUCGUACACAUUUCCGCACCAUGAGAAUCUCGUUGCAGAUAUCGCGCGCCAGAUGGGCUUCGCAGUAUCUGUGUCAUCCGAACUCCAGCCUAUGGUCAAGAUUGUAUCUCGUGCCAAUUCAGCUAUAGCAGACGCGUAUCUCUCACCAGUAACUCGAACCUAUAUAGAGACGUUCGCCGGUGGAUUCGAGGGAGGCAUCGCUGCAUUGGGUGAUAAGUUGUUGUUUAUGCGUUCAGAUGGUGGAUUGUGCUCUGUCAAGACUUUUUCGGGUCUCCGCGCUGUCCUCUCAGGGCCUGCUGGAGGAGUCAUUGGGUACGCAAAAACCUGCUAUGAUCCUGAGGAAGGAACACCUCUUGUUUCGAUCGAUAUGGGUGGCACUUCUACUGAUGUGUCCCGAUAUUCUGGCCACCUAGAGCAUGUAUUCGAAACAACCACUGCUCAGGUGACGAUCCUUUCUCCUUCGUUGGACGUUUCAUCCAUUGCAGCGGGAGGAGGCAGUCGUCUUUUCUGGGAAAAUGGCAUGUUCGUUGUGGGGCCAGAGAGUGCCGGUGCACAUCCUGGUCCCGCGUGCUAUCGCAAAGGUGGUCCUCUAGCCGUUACAGAUGCUAAUUUGCUUCUGGGACGCCUUUUACCUGAGAGAUUUCCAAAAAUAUUUGGACCUAAUGAAAACGAAUCAUUGGAUGCCGAUACGACACAUGCGAAAUUCGCUGAGCUCACGGAAAUUAUUGGAGCAACUAAAGGUGUGAAGAUGAGUCUGGAAGAAGUUGCCUCUGGAUUUUUGAGGGUAGCAAACGAAGCUAUGUGUAGACCGAUCCGCACUUUGACCGAAGCCAGAGGGUUUGAAAGUGCCAGUCAUAACCUUGUUGUUUUUGGCGGCGCUGGCGGUCAACAUGGAACUGCGAUUGCUUCUGCCCUGGGCAUAUCCCGCAUUCUCGUUCCUCGAUUUUCCUCUAUUCUUUCUGCAUAUGGCAUGGCCCUUGCUGAUGUCGUGGUAGAAUCACAAGAGCCUUCUUCCUGCGUACUCGAUACACGACUAGGGGCGGACAACACUACAUCCUUUUUUGAUCUCCGUAUGCGUUCUGAGAGGCUCAUUCAACGUGCUGUUGAUGCGCUUGUCGAACAAGGCUUUUCUAAAUCUGAUAUCACGACCGAGGUCUCUUAUAAUUGUCGUUUUCAAGGUACCAGUACCACGAUAAUGGUGCGGGAGCUUGAGGGCCGAUAUGAAGAGCUGAUCAGUAGUUUUGUAAAACAACAUGAGCAAUUAUUCGGGUUCACACUGCAGAAUCGAGUCGUUCAUGUGGAUGACGUCAGGGUUCGAGGUGUUGCCCGAAGUGGUGCGCCGGAGCAGACAAGUCCAUACAAAGAGUUGGAAGAAUUGACGACGAGGGAAGCGGAGGUUUUGGAAAGGUGUCAGAAGAAAAGAGUCUACUUCGACAUAACUGGAUGGACAGACACUGUUGUUGUCCCUUUGGAGGACAUUUGUCCUGGAGAACAGGUUCCGGCUCCCGCUAUCAUCUUUGAUCAAACUCAGACAAUUCUCGUGGAACCAGGGUACAUUGCUACUGCCACUUCAAAGCACAUCAUCCUUGACCGCAUAGGCUCUCCUCCUUCAAAGCCUCUUUUGGACCUUAAGCAUAUUGAUCCGGUCCAAUUAUCGUUUUUCGGUCAUCGAUUCAUGGGUAUCGCAGAGCAGAUGGGCACUAUUUUGCAACAGACUGCAAUCUCGACGAAUAUCAAGGAGAGGUUGGAUUAUUCUUGUGCUCUAUUCUCUCCAGACGGAUAUCUUGUUGCAAAUGCUCCGCACAUGCCUGUUCACCUAGGAGCCAUGAGUGCUGCCGUUCGAUUUCAAGUAGAACUAUUAGGAGAUCAAAUCCAAGAAGGAGAUGUUCUUGUGUCAAAUCAUCCUGAUGCUGGAGGUUCACAUUUACCAGAUAUCACUGUGAUGACGCCCGCAUUCCACAAUGGAGAGAUCGUAUUCUGGACGGCAUCUCGUGCACAUCACGCUGACAUUGGAGGGGUCCGCGCCGGGUCUAUGCCUCCAUUCUCAAAGACCAUAGAACAGGAAGGUGCACAAAUUCUCAGUUACAAGCUUGUGAAACAGGGGCAUUUCGACGAGGAAGGAAUCACUGAUCUCAUGUAUCAUCAACCUGCGAAGUAUCCAGGGUGUUCUGGAACCAGAACUCUAAGUGAUAACAUUUCCGAUCUGAAAGCUCAAGUAUCUGCCAACCAUCGCGGAGCAAUUCUCAUUAGUGCUCUGGUCAACGAGUUCACGCUUGAAGUUGUCCAAUUCUACAUGCUUGCUAUUCAAAAAACUGCCGAGAACGCUGUUCGCCACUUGCUCAGGUUAAUAGACAAAAAGUUCGCUGGUCAACCACUACAAGCAGUAGAUUACCUUGAUGAAGGAGAAGAGCUUCAACUCAAGGUCACAAUCGACCCUGCAGAAGGACAGGCCGUCUUUGAUUUUACAGGGACUAGCCCCCAAUCAUACUGCAAUCUUAAUGCUCCAACUGCAAUUGUAUACAGUGCCAUCAUCUACGUUCUCCGGUCACUCAUUCCCGCCGAAAUUCUCCUCAAUCAUGGCUGUCUGGCACCGAUCAAGGUUGUGCUACCUCCUCGUACUUUGCUAUCUCCAGGACCUGGGGCUGCUACUGUCGGCGGUAACGUAGAGACGUCUCAACGCAUCACAGAUCUUGUGUUGAAAGCCUUCGAGGUCUGUGGGGCCAGCCAAGGAACCUGCAACAAUUUGACUUUUGGUUAUGGAGGAAACUCUAUGUCCGGCUUAGCGAGGAAGGGUUUCGGCUACUACGAGGCAAGUGGUACUAUUGCGGGUGGUUCAGGUGGCGGUCCGCAUUGGGAUGGCCAAAGUGGGACGCACGUCCAUAUGUCGAAUACUCGUAUGGGUGACGCCGAACACGUCGAGCGUCGGUAUCCCGUCAUCAUACACGAAUUUAGCAUCCGCACUGGAUCCGGAGGUGCUGGGCUUCACUCAGGAGGAGAUGGCUGCGUUCGUGAAAUAGAAUUCACCCGCGACCUUGAUGUUUCAAUCCUCUCUGAACGACGUGUCAUACCUCCUUAUGGUAUGCGAGGCGGGGAACCUGGCAAGUGUGGUAGGAAUUGGUGGUUGCAGAAGUUAGAUGAUAGUACGUAUAAUAAGAUAUAUCUAGGUGGAAAGAACGAGGCUCCAAUGAAGGCUGGGGAUCGUAUUCGAAUAGAAACGCCAGGUGGUGGGGGCUAUGGCGUACCUGGAUCCUCGGAGGACGAAGAAGAAAUGUAUGGUGUUUAUCCCAGAUCUGAACCUCCUGUUCGUGCGAGUGGGUCUCUCUUUCGGAGGAAAGAAAUUGCGGAAGGAAAUUGA